GACAUCGUAUGACUGAUGGGUUUGGUGGCCAAUCGUAUUACGACAUGGAAUAAGGCGGUAGCACACUAUAGGUUAAUACUCGGGGACAGAAAGGCUUUACUUGACAGGCGAUCUCAGCCACCCGGGGGAGUAGUCGAUAGUAUCAGCCGAACAGGAGUCAUGUGUGGAAUCUUUGCUUAUCUUAAUUACCAUGUCCCAAGGACUCGCCGUGAGAUCCUUGAAAUCCUUAUUAAAGGUCUCCAGCGUCUGGAAUACAGGGGUUAUGACUCAGCUGGUGUGGGAAUUGAUGGUGGAAACAACAAAGAGUGGGAGUCAAACUCCAAGUCUAUACAACUGAUCAAACAGCGUGGAAAGGUGAAGGCUCUUGAGGAGGAGAUCCACAAACAGCAGGAUGUUGACAUGGAUGUGGAGUUUGACGUUCAUCUGGGAAUUGCUCACACCCGCUGGGCUACUCAUGGAGUUCCAAGUCCAGUCAACAGCCACCCACACAGAUCUGACAAAAAUAAUGAGUUCAUUGUCAUUCACAAUGGAAUUAUCACCAAUUACAAAGACUUGAGGAAAUUUUUGGAAAGCAAAGGCUAUGAAUUUGAGUCAGAGACUGACACAGAGUCCAUUGCUAAGCUGGUGAAGUACAUGUAUGACAACCGAGAGAGUGAUGACAUCAGUUUUGCCACAUUGGUGGAAAGGGUGAUUCAGCAGCUGGAAGGAGCUUUCGCCCUGGUUUUCAAGAGUGUUCAUUACCCCGGAGAAGCAAUUGGCACAAGGAGGGGAGGCCCAUUGCUGAUUGGAGUAAGGAGUAAUCACAAGCUGUCAGCAGAUCACAUUCCUGUGCUCUAUCGCUCAUCUGGUAAAGACAAAAAGAGCUGUGGUGCAUUACCUCGGGCAGAUCAGGACACUUGCCUGUUUCCCGUGGAUGAGAAAGCUGUGGAGUACUAUUUUGCAUCGGAUGCAAGCGCGGUUAUCGAGCACACAAAUCGGGUGAUCUUCCUGGAGGAUGAUGAUGUGGCUGCUGUGACCGAUGGUCGCCUAUCCAUUCACAGGAUCAAACGAACAGCUGGAGAUUACCCCGCUCGUGCUAUCCAGACCCUGCAGAUGGAGCUGCAGCAGAUAAUGAAAGGCAACUACAGCUCCUUCAUGCAAAAAGAGAUAUUUGAGCAGCCGGAGUCUGUGGUCAACACCAUGAGGGGGAGAAUCAACUUCGAUAACAACACAGUGAUAUUGGGUGGAUUAAAGGACCACAUCAAAGAGAUCCAGAGGUGUCGGCGACUCAUUCUAAUUGCCUGUGGCACCAGCUACCAUGCUGGAGUAGCAACUCGGCAGGUCUUGGAGGAGCUAACUGAGCUGCCCGUCAUGGUUGAGCUUGCCAGUGACUUCUUGGACAGGAACACUCCUGUCUUUCGCGAUGAUGUCUGCUUUUUCAUCAGCCAGUCAGGGGAGACUGCUGACAGCCUCAUGGCCCUGCGCUACUGUAAGGAGAGAGGGGCUUUAACUGUGGGCGUCACAAACACAGUGGGCAGUUCCAUCUCCAGGGAGACAGACUGUGGAGUCCACAUCAAUGCUGGGCCAGAGAUUGGAGUGGCGAGCACCAAGGCGUACACCAGCCAGUUUGUGGCCCUUGUCAUGUUUGCUCUCUUGAUGUGCGAUGACAGGAUUUCAAUGCAGCCCAGACGCUGUGAGAUAAUCCAAGGCCUGAAAGUGCUUCCAGACUUGAUUAAAGAAGUCCUCAGUUUGGAUGAUGAGAUCCAGAAGUUGGCAACUGAGUUGUAUCAGCAGAAGAGUGUCCUGAUCAUGGGCCGAGGCUACCAUUACGCUACCUGCUUGGAAGGAGCACUGAAAAUCAAGGAGAUCACCUACAUGCAUUCUGAGGGAAUCCUGGCUGGGGAGCUGAAACAUGGUCCUCUGGCCCUGGUGGACAAACUCAUGCCAGUCAUCAUGAUCAUCAUGAGGGAUCACACUUACAUCAAAUGUCAGAACGCCCUGCAGCAGGUCGUCGCACGACAGGGUCGUCCUAUUGUAAUCUGUGACAAGGAUGAUUACGAGACCAUCAAGAACUCCAGCCGCACCAUCAAUGUGCCUCACUCUGUGGACUGUCUGCAGGGUAUCCUAAGCGUCAUACCUCUGCAGCUGCUGUCCUUCCACCUGGCCGUCCUCCGGGGUUUUGAUGUGGACUGUCCCAGAAAUCUGGCCAAGUCUGUGACAGUAGAGUGAAGUCCUGCACCCAUCACUCAUCAUGCUGACAAUGAAAUCCUGACAUCAUCGUACAGCCAGGAAGUGUGUUUGUGUGUGGGUGUGACUAAGUGAAUGAGUGAUGAGAAAACCAUAAGAAAAACAACCUGGUUGUCUUUUUUCCACAGCUUAUGUUUUUAAUGUAAUCAUUUAUACAUCUUUACUGUGCAUAUAAUUUUACAUUAUAUAUAGAGAGAGUUUUUUUUUUCAAAAAUCAUUACUUUUUUUUUUACAAAUGUUUUUAUUUCCUUUUUGAUCAUUAUGGAAGAGUGUGGGCUGGAGCUGGUGUCCUAUUCACUGUCUUUUACAUGAAGCAACUCGCGCUGAGAGGUCACAGAAUAACAAUGAUUUAUUUUGAUAAUUAAAUAAUGAGAGAAGGGCUGCUUUAAACCAAUCAAGUUGUUAGAAAUGCAGGUAGUAGGUGUUUUUGUUUGUUUUUUUGCAGGAGAGAGAUUUAACCAUACACACCACCUUCAAACUGUAGCACAUUAACACAUUUAAGGCCCAAACAAUCAGUGAUACAUUCAAGUUCUUGAGGAAAGUGCAAUAUUACUCAUCUCAAACUUUCAGUUCUGCUAAAAACAGUGUUUUUAGUAUUUUGUGUUUAACUGUUUUUGUUUGUGGUUUUGUUAAAAAUUCUGCACUGACCAGAACUGUUUUUGCAUUUGUGACAAAAUGCAGUAGAUUCAUUUUAAACUGAAUUAACUUUUCAGAUUGUGCAAACCUUAUGAUGAGAAGGUGAAGAAGAAAUGGUCUGUCAGUUUAUAUUAAAAUUGAAAAUUAAGAUAAUAUUGUUUUUAUUCUAUUUCUCAGCCCAGUUUAGUAACUAUCAGUAAACUACGGAUAAACCGACUAUAUUGUAUUUCUUUCUUCAGUGAAAUUAAUUUUACUGCAGCUUGGAUUUUUUUUUUUAAAUUAUUAUUCUUUGACCGCUGGUCAUCUUAAAUCAUUCCAAACAGCAGGUCGUGCUGUCUUCACACAGCUCAUGUUCUCUGUCUCUGUCUGCUGUACAAAUCUGCUGUCACAUCAUUCACACUACAGCAGUCAAGAGCUCAAAUAUAAUAACGUGUAUACAAAAUAUAACUUAUUCUUCUUCAUACAAAGCAGGGCUGCCAAAAACCCUAGGCUGUGGGCUGCAAACCAGUCAGUAUAAUGUAGUCUGACCCCCAGUUGGGUUCGUCUUUUGCCCUUCAAUUACAGGAGAUGUCAGGGGCAGCAGUUGCCCCCAGGCUUAGUUUAGAGACCUGGUUUAAUUUUAGCCUGAGAAGAAACCAGAGUGACAUUACUACCGAAACUUCCUGUUCCUGCAGUUUGCACUAGAUCUGAGAAACUGAAGUAAUCACAGCGAAAUGAAGGUACAAACCAUAAGGUGAAAAGCUGCUCCCAGUCACUAGCCCAUGCUCCGCCAACACUGAUGCAGUACAGGACCAUUUGUAGUGAAUGAGUGAUUCUACUGCUUUUAUUACUGGAUUUUUACUGAUUUGAAAUGUGAAUGUUACUGUCAAGUGUUCUGUCAAACCAAAAAAAAAGAAAAAACUAUAACAGCUGUGGCUGUUGUAAACCAAAACAUAACUGUAUGUUUUUUUUUUUGUAUCCAAAAUUGUUCUAAUCGUAGGAGAUUGGUGAGAGACUAUCAGAAACCUCAGUCAGCUCAUAUAGUUACAGCUGUAGAUGAAUCGUCUCAACAUCACAUUACAAAUAAAGACCGAAUUAUUAGCCCUGGAUAAACUUCAUUCUUGAUGCUUGGUGUUUUAAUGCACACAAAGCAUGGAGUCUUUAGAAUGGCUAAUCUAUAUAUUUUUUAUGAAAUCAAUAUGGUCAAAUUAAUGUUUCUCAAAAAUUAACUCAGUGUCGUCAAGUAGUGUUUCUAUAUUUAAAAAUAUCAUAAAACUCAUUCAUUCUGUGUAGAAGUUAUUAAAGUAAAGAAAAUCAAACUUUCUUGGAUGGGGCUAAUACUUUUGUUACUCUACUGCAUGUUUUUUGUUUGUUUGUUUUAAGUGUACUUAGGAAAACACUGCAGAUGCUCAUUGUUGGGUAGUUAAGAGAACCAAACCUUUCUCCAAGAAGAAACAUCUUACAUUUGUAGUCAAGCCUUAACCUCUUAGUCUACAUCCCUUUUCUUUAACAUCGAACUCCUGCUGUUAAAAGUAUGUAAAAACUGGACAAAGCUGGUCAUUUUUUUAAGUCACUUAUACAUGUAAACUUUGAUUUGUUGACUGGUAGCAAGGACUGAAUUCUCUUUAAUGUCAAGACAACUCAGAGUGAGUCUGUCCUCUAUUAAUGGAACUGAUGCAAUAAAGUGUCAAAUAC